UAACAGAGCAGUAUUCGAAAUUCUAAUCAUUCUCGACAUCUAUUAUUUGGUGAAAAAAUCUAACGAGUCUAGCACUACUGUAACCAGAUAUCCAAAGGAACUUUGUUUCUCUCUCAUGUUGUGCAAGUCAAAACCCCUAAACGGCUAAACCCCACUUUAUGACUGCAUGCACAACCCUAUAUAAAUAUACACACGCUCCAUUACACUCACUCUUCAGUCCUCACCAUUUUCAACUCUUUCACUCCUCUCUCUCAGACCUAAACACACAAACACCAACACUGCAAAGUCUCGAGCAUCCCAUCUAGCCAUGCAGCAAAACUCACCGGAAGAGAACGAGAGACUCCACCAGUUCUGCAUCAACGACCACAUUGACAUCGUCGUAGAGGUCCUCAAACGCCUCGAUGGGCCCUCCCUCGGCGUCGCCGCUUGCGUCUGCCGGCUCUGGUGCUCCGUGGCCCGCAACGACUCGCUCUGGGAACACCUCUGCUUCCGCCACGUGUCGUCCCCGCCGCCCUCCUCCGUUCGGCCCAUCGUGCUGGCCCUGGGAGGCUACAAGCGUCUCUACAUGGUGUGCGUGCGGCCAGUGCUGAGUCGACUCAGCGACUCGACCCUGGUCAGAAGGGUGUGGACUAGGGACGAGGUGCAGCUCUCGCUCUCGUUGUUCUGUGUUGACUACUACGAGAGGAGACUCGGCGGCGGCGAUGCGUCGGCUUCGUCGCUCAUGUUCCUCUGCAACCCGGUGAACGUCUGAUUGGUUUGACUUAUGAGAGGCGUUAACUGUAGUUUAAUGGUAAUAGUAUUACUUAGUAUACAUAUCAAUUUAUUUAUUUAAGAAAAAAUAAUUAGUUUUUUAUUUAUUUAAUUUUUAUAGAUUUAUGGGUAUCCCUUAAAUAAUUGUCAUUUUAGGUGGGGGAGAAAAGGAGAUAUGGUGGUGCUUUUCAUGUCUAGCAUUAUUAAAUUUAUUGUAAUUUUCUUUUGAGGAAAUUGAAGAAAAAUAUGUUUAUUUGUUCAUUUUUAAUUACCUUGUGGAACUUAGAAUCUUUAGUAAAGCAGGCAUGAACAGUGAAGAUUAGGUGGGUAGUGACAAAAGUUUAGUGGAUUCUCUU